AUGAAAUUCGGUAGUCCCUGUUAUGGAUCGCUGGAUCCUGCGCAAGCACGCAAGAUUUGUGUUAAGGAUACACUGGCCGGCGUUCAAAGCAUCGUCAAGUCAGCGACGAAUAAGCCAUUCCGCUUUCUGUACAUGAGUGGCGCCGAUGCAGAGACGGACCAGACCAAGACUCCGUCGGUUAUGCCAGACUACUUUCUCAUGCCGGGCGAAGUUAAGAAUAAGGUCGUAGCCUUUGCAAAGGAGCAUCCUGAUGAGGCUGUGGCAUGUGUAGCGAGACCUGGGUUUAUCAUUAACGAUUCUACAGACCUUGAAGCGCUAAAGUCUCGCAUGCAGGGGAACAUCACUACAAUCCGACUUAAGUCUGUUGCGGCUGCCCUUGUCCAUCAGGCCGUGAACGGAUUUGACAAGGAGAUUCUGUAG